CCCCCUCGCAGGGUGCUCCCCCGCUCCCCCUAGCCUCCGCCGCUGCCCCAUGGUUGGAGGCGGACAGGUGAAGAGGCUCCCGCCCCGCACGGGACUCGCCGCCAUGAUCCUGGAGCCAAACUGCGCCGUGUCAAUAGACCUGAGGACUCUAACUCGUCAGGAUCGGGGACCAAAAACGAAGCCAACCGGACAAGUGGUGGCAGCGGAGGACUGAUGGAGGAGAUGAACGCUCUGCUGGCGCGGAGAAGGAAAGCAGCAUCAGAGAAGCCUGAGGACAACCAAAUCGAUGACCCCAAUAGGUCCCCUUCCCCCGGCAUCAAGGGUGGACAGAACGCCACGGAUGGCGUGAAGAAGCCAUGGGACAGAGCCAACUCUGCAGAGAGGUCAUCACUGGUAUCAAGGGUACGACCUGUGGGGAGUAGCAGCGACACAGAUGCCUUAGACUUUGACAGAAUGAAGCAGGAAAUCUUGGAAGAAGUUGUUCGUGAAUUACACAAGGUGAAGGAUGAGAUCAUUGAUGUCAUUAGACAAGAACUGAGCAGAAUCAGCACAACAUAAUCUUUCAUGUACCUUUUGGAACCAUUGUCCCCACGGCAACCACUGCUGUGUCUGAGGAGACAGGGAGAAGAUCGAGGCCCGAACUACAACCAUUUAUUUAUUCUACAUUGCUGUGAUGUUAAAGCAACGUGACAAUGUUGCUGUAACACUACAGGAACAGUUUGUUUACGUUACGUUUGGAAGAAUGGGAUGGAUGGAGGAKACUCUCGCACUGAUUUUUUCACUUUCUCUGGUCUCGUUUUUCUCUCUUUUUCUCUCUAUCUGUCCAUCGGUAACCAAUGUUUACUGUUCUGUUUCCCAUCUUAAAGGAAACAAUUAUGAAAUUCAAUUAAGUAACAUCUUGGUUUUCUAGGAGUUUUUAUUUAAAAAAUGUUUGUUUUGCAUUAUUAUUACUAUCAUUGUCAUUAAUAUGACUAUUAUUUGUAUUAUUGUAGAUGUAAUGGUGUYAAUAUAAGUAGUAGUAGUUUUAGUGACGACAAUAGUAACAAAAUWAUAAUUAUAAUGACACUGAUGAUAAUCAUUUUAUGUCAGCCUUUUAUAUUUUAUAUUGUAAUUUUUUUCUCUUUUGAUUUUGUUUUAAAAUACAAUUAUAAGCACAUAUGGAUUUAUUUCUCAUGAUCUGACCUCAACAUUUUUAAAGAGUUUUGUAUCCUUUUUCGCCAAACACAAUUGUGUGUGUGUAAUCACUGACUGAAAGAUUUUUUWAAACAGGUCUUGAACCUGAAAGGGAGGGUGGUAUAUAAACUAUUGCUCUUUGGAUAUUGCAAUCUUAUGAACAAAAAAAUAAUAAUACACCAGAGUAUUUGUGAUCAUGUUGUUAAUAAAAUGUUUAUUGGCUGCAACGAUAUGGUGAAGUAUUGUUUGUUUUAUUAUUUCCUUUUAUGACCAAGUGCUUCCUGGUAAAAAAAAAUGUAAUUUGGCCUAUAUAUAUAUAUAUAG